AAAAAGCCCCUCGCUAUUUUGAGACUCACAGAAAGAAUUGACUGCAUCUCUGCAACUUCUAAGCUUCUCCUGGAAAAGAUUACUCGAAUUGGGAGUUCAUAUUCUAGUAGUACAAACGAGAUGGACCAACAAAAGAAUGAGCUUGUUGCCGAAUUGAAUCGUGUUAACAAGGAGAACCAGAAGCUCAUGUUCGUGAUAAACCGCAUCUGCACUGAAUACAAGAGCUUGCAAACACAGCUCAUGAAACAACAGGAAGAUGAAAAGAAGUCCUCUUUGAAAUCCAUGGCGAAGACUUUGAAAUUGAGUCUAGAUAUAGAAGGAGACUGUAUCAAUGAAGGGUGCACAGCAGCAGAUUCUGAUUACAGUGCGGAUUCUACUAGUACCCUUUCGUCAGAAGACCAGAAUUCCAAGCUCUGCGUGGAUGAUCUCCAGCUGAGGUUGCCUUGCAAGAAAAGGAAAGCAAAUUAUGUGGUGGAAGAGAGCCAGAAUGGAAAAGGGAGUUCAUCGAUGGAUGAAGAUUCAGCUAAUAAGAAAGUCCAAAGAAUUGUGUCUGAACCCAAGAAAAUCAAGACUAUGAGCACAAGAUCAGACGCCACCACGGUUAACGAUGGCUGCCAGUGGCGAAAAUAUGGACAAAAAAUGACCAGAAACAGCCAGUGGCCCAGGGCUUAUUUCAAGUGUGCGGUUCCCUCUUGCCCAGUUAAGAAGAAGGUCCAGAGGUGCGCCAAAGACCCCACUGUUCUGACAGCUACCUACGAAGGAGAACACAAUCAUCUGCUCAGUACGGUGGCCAUAGCAGCAUUUAACGAGCCAAACAAUCAGCUUCCAUUUCCUGCCUAUGUUGCCUCAAUGGGUUCCUCUUCUACCAUUACUCUUGACCUUACACAAAACCCUAACCCUAAUGGAUUACAUUUAGAAAGCGAGAGUUCACAGAAAACGCCGAACCCAUCAUUUAACAGCAAUGUUCAGGGCAGGCCAUUGGAUUCACAAUUUUACAGCCACUUAGGCCUGAGCCAAGAAAUCCCUAUUAAGCCAGAUGCCCAAUAUACUGCAGCCUUGGCAGCCGCUAUAGCUGCUUCUAUUGUCAGAUCGGGUACACCCCUCCAAUCUAUGAGCACCCAAUACUGCUCCAAUACACUACAAUGAUAUCCAAUAUGAGCAAAGGCUCUUUGUAAAUAAUCAUUUAAUUAAAUAUCUAUUCUCAACAUUUUUUGGGGGGAGAUUAAUCUA